CGCAAGCGCUCUAACGUCCAGGCCCACGCAAAGUCUGAUGAUUUGAUUUAUGACAUAUUGGAAAUAUUGCGUCGCUUCAUUUGCAUUCGUGAGGCUGCAGACUACGCGCGUGCAUCUUGACCUUUGGAGUUCAGAUUUCUGAAACUAACGAAAAAGGAUGGCUUUUUCUAAGCCCAUCGAGUUUGAGGACGAGUUGGAUAAGCCGGCUUUUAAUUUAGGUGUGAAGACCUGCCGCCUAAUCGUCGACGGUUUGCCCCCGUAUGCAACCAACGCCCAUUCGUUAGCACUAAGGGAGAGAUUCUUAGUGUUCGGCGACUUGAGGGUUGAGGGGAUCGCCCAGGGUAAUGCUUUGCUCAACUUUUAUACUGCCGAAGGAGCUCAGCGAGCGUUGCAAGCCUCCGGUAACAUUUGCUUCGCAGGGCAUAUUCUCACUCUUUGUGAGCAAGAGAUCAUCGGAAAGCCUCCUCCACAAAGGAGAAACCCUAACAGAGUAUUCACCAUUAGCCCAGCUCACUUAAACUACGAAGGGAAUAUCGUUCAUCAAAUGUUGAGACUCAGGAAUACCAUCAGUUACAGCAACGAGGAUCUCAUAGCUUUCCUUAAGAUUGCAGUUGAUGUGGAAAAUGUCAUGCGGAUUGGCUGGCCAGGUUGUAGAAUCUCAAUAUGUAUCAAUAAAUGUACCUUUUAUUUUGCAUUUUUGACCCUAUCUCUUCUUUCAUGUGACGUCGUAAACCUAAUUCAGGCUUUUACCUAUGUAAAAUAUUGAUUUGUUUGUUGUCGUGAUUUAAUUAAAAUAAGAAUGCCGAGCUAUUCUGCAUGGUUCCUUGAUAACUGGCAUUUCAACCAAACCGAGCGAAGCCGAUUGCUUCGUGUAUGUCCCUACGUAUAAUUAUAUCACAUCGAAAUUUUGCGUUGGCAGAGCGAUGCAAAUUAUACUUAAAAAAAAGGACAUGUUUGAACUCUGGUAUACGUGUGACAAUAUAAAAAAACCAUCAUUUCGUAUAUACCACAUUCAAACGGGUAUGUAUUGUACGGUGCACUUUAAAAGUUAUCUGUAUGUGUAUACUAGUCGCCUGCAAAAGUUUUUUCUGAGCCUGAAUGAAAGUUUCACGCCGAUGUGUUUGAUUAUUAAAUAUUGGGCUCAAGUAAAUGGCUUGCUGGGAACUUGUCAACUAAAUACCUAUUCGCUUAUGCUUCUUAUCCUAUUUUUCCUUCAACAACCUCCUCGUUAUAUACCAUCUGUACAAUAUCUACAGAAGAAGAUGCACGCAGAAACAAUAGUCGAUAAUUGGAAUGUGAAUUUUUUUGAUAAAAUUAAUUUGAUGCGACAGCAUACCAGCAAAUCACUUGGGAUCCUUGCUCUCAUGGGAGAGUUCUUUGCAUUUUAUGCAACCUUUAAUUUCAGAGAUUUUGUGGUAUGCCCGUAUUUGGGGAAACUUAUUUUGAAAAGCGAUUUUAGUAAUAUCGGUACCUUGAGCGACAAUUUUGAAAAAUACAAACAAAACGUAAACUUUUUUCGGGAACCUCCACUUCGACAUAACACCCCCAUGGUGGUACAAGAUACAUUUCAACUCAAUAAUAAUUUAACCAGUUCACUAACUCUUGAAAUCAUUGAUGAAUUUCAAGCUUACUGCCAAUUUGCUUUCGAAGCAUAUAAAGACGGAAGAAAAAAUAAUUACAAAUAUUUUCUGCGAACCAUUCUAGUCGGAAUACCACUACAUCUUCGAAGGUUUAAAUUUAAAAUAUUCACAGUCAAAUUAAAAGUAUAUCAAAAUUUUGAAUGUGAUGUCCAAAGCUGGAGAGUCAUUGUGAAAGAAAAUCUUUUUACGAUACUGAAACAUAUUUGUAAAAUAUCAUUAUUUGAUGUCGGGGAAACUCGAACUGAUUCACAAGUGGAGACCGUUUGGUUAGGUAUUGUUCAUCACAGAAUUUGGGAGAGGGAUAUAAACACUACUUACCCCGCUGACUUCUUGGUAAAGGAAAGAAAUGUGACUAACGCCAUUCGCUGGGAUGAAUCUCGUUCUACACAUUUCUCCUUCAAUUUAAAAAUAUGGUAUAUUGAUGGCACAAAGUUUGUUCAUUUUGUUAUCACUCAUUUAAAUGGGUCCCGUCAUGAUUACUUAAAAUUUGGCAACUUCGUUCAAGAAGAAAUUUUCAAAUGGUUGUUUAUUUGCACCGGACCACGUUCGUCUGAGGGGUUUUUAUCAGUGCUCGCCCGUGCCCUCCGCUAA